CACCGUUUUACGGCAUAUGCGUGCGGCUCAAUGUUAGCCGCUUAAACAUCAUUGAAAACAUACAAGUUAAGUUUGUUUUCCUAAACUCUGUGCCACUUUGACGUAUUCAAAGCAGGAGAUAUGGAUGUCGGGGAGUUGUUGAAUUACCAGCCUGACAGAGGAGCAACACGUUCAAGAGAGGAGGAUGGAGGUGAGGAAGACAUGAGAAGUGCAAAGCAACAGAAGUUGCAGACUGCCAGACACAGAGAUGGGCCAGGAACGGGCGUGGAAGGAAGUACCGACAUGAGGGAUGGCGACGACUCGACAGCAGAUCGCAAGAAGAUCUUGGAGAAACUGAUGGAUCAGGAUGAAGAUGACCCUGAGGCAGAACCGGUGGAUGAGAGCUCGGUGAAGAAAAUGAUCCUGACCUUUGAGAAACGAUCCUACAAAAACCAGGAACUCAGGAUUAAGUUUCCAGACAACCCAGAGAAGUUCAUGGAGUCCGAACUGGAUCUGAAUGAUAUCAUACAGGAAAUGCACGUGAUUGCCACCAUGCCAGACCUAUAUCAUCUGCUAGUGGAGCUCAACUCAGUUCACUCACUGAUGGGCCUUCUCAGUCACGAAAACACUGAUGUUGCCAUAGCAGUGGUGGACCUCCUCCAGGAACUGACAGACAUUGACACACUCCAUGAAAGCGAGGAAGGCGCUGAAGUCCUCAUCGACGCUCUGUUGGAGGGCCAGGUGGUUGCCUUACUGGUACAGAAUAUGGAGCGGCUGGAUGAGCAGGUUAAAGAGGAGGCAGAUGGUGUCUUCAACACACUUGCCAUUAUAGAAAAUAUGGCUGAGUUCAGACCAGGCCUGUGCACGGAAGCAGCUCAGCAGGGACUCAUGCAGUGGCUGCUCAAGAGAAUCAAGGCCAAGAUGCCAUUUGACGCUAACAAGCUGUACUGCAGUGAAAUUCUGGCCAUCUUGCUGCAAAACAAUGACAAUACGAGAGAACUCUUAGGGGAGCUGGAUGGCAUUGAUGUGUUACUGCAGCAGCUAUCUGUGUUCAAACGUCACAACCCGUCCACAGCUGAGGAGCAGGAGAUGAUGGAGAACCUUUUUGAUGCGCUGUGCUCCUGCCUGAUGUUGUCUGCCAACCGGGACCGUUUCCUCAAGGGGGAGGGUCUUCAGCUAAUGAAUCUCAUGCUUAGGGAAAAGAAGAUGUCUCGGACCAGUGCUCUCAAGGUCUUGGAUCAUGGUAUGAUUGGACCGGAGGGAGCGGAUAACUGCCAUAAGUUUGUGGACAUCCUUGGUUUGCGAACCAUCUUUCCACUUUUCAUGAAAACCCCCAAGAAGAUGAGAAGCUCCGGCGCUUCAGAGAAAGAGCAUGAAGAGCACGUCUGUUCAAUUAUUGCCUCCAUGCUAAGAAAUCUCAAGUCCCAGCAGAGAAGCCGACUCCUAAACAAGUUCACAGAGAAUGACUGCGAGAAGGUUGAUCGACUGAUGGAGUUGCAUUUUAAGUACCUGGAGGCUGUUCAACAGGCUGACAAGAGGAUCGAAGGAGAGAAACAUGAGAUGGUGCGCCGCGGCGAGAUCCUGGACGACAACAUGGAGGAUGAGUUCUACCUGCGUCGACUGGAUGCUGGACUCUUUGUUCUUCAGUCUAUCUGCUACAUUAUGGUGGAGAUCAGCAAUUCGGGGCUAUCGCAGCUGCAGCAAAGAGUUCAUCAAAUUCUCAACUUGAGAGGAGGCUCUGUCAAAGUCGUGCGCCACAUCAUGAGAGAAUAUGCAGAGAGCAUUGGGGACGGAAAAAGUGAUGACUUCAAAGAGGCGGAGCGCAAGAGGAUCAUGGACCUUUUAGAGAACUUCUAAUGUCUUUUCCCAUAGGCCGACCAUACAUGCAAACACACACUGAGCAAAUUCAUUUUCAAAGCAACACAGUUAAAAACAAGCCUUACUUAUGAUUAAAGCUUCAUCUGAAAUAGAAUACACAGUUAAUCAAACCUAUUUCUAUUUCAUAUAAUGAUCAAUUCUAGGCCAAGUAAACUGUUAAAAUCAGGGACAAGUCUGCAACAACAAAAAUUUUCAGGCGGAAUGUUGAUCCCCUGGCUGCCCCUCUUCCAUUUGUUUUUUUUACCAACCUUUUCUUUUGUAAUAAAAUGUGGUAAUAAAAUCCUGACAGCAUGUUUGCCUUAUUUGAACAAUGCCACAGUGAGUGCAUUUGUCAAGGCUUCUCAUUAAAGAUUGCAAAGAUGGAAACAUCAAAAGCUGUACCAGCAGUUGUCCUUUGACAACAACAAAAAUGCCAUUAAAAAAAAAUGUGCUUUUUGUCUGAACACACGACUGAGAUGUACAACAAAACUACUGUCAUUUUUUGGUGCAAGGUACUGUAAAUGCACAAAAAACGGCUUUUAUUAUUUUUAAACUGACCUGACCAUACAUUACAGUGCAUCUGGUAAGUAUUCAUACCGCUUCACAUUUUCUACUAUUCUACAAUGUUUACACCCUAUUUCAAAAUGGAUAAAAUGUAUUUUUUCCUGUCAAAUUUUACACACAAAACCCAUCAUAACUAUGUGAAACUGUAAUUUUAGACAUUUUUGCCCAUGUAGUACAUUGUUGUUAUUUUUUUUAAAAAGCUAGAAAUAUCUCACUAAAUAUUUGCACAUUAUAUAUCACCAGAUAACAGUUAAGUCUAUUAUGGUCAACAAUGGGGGUGUGGUCAACACAAACAAAUAACCACAGGGGUCACUAAUUUGAGCUUUGUCAAAAAAAAACAGUGGCUUUAACAGCUGUUGGCUGUUGGCAACCUCACUCUUCAUGAGUGAGCAUCCAGCAGCUUUAUCUCCCUCUGCAUGCGCUUUAAACUGUUGCUACUAACCUGUCGGUGUGAAAGGCAUGCGCAUUCCACUUGUCGUACUGCAUUACACUUGUCAUACUGGUGUUUACAACAACUGCAUCAGCACUAUUAAUACUGGCUGAGCCAUUUGCUCCUUACCAGUAAUACAACAUUGGUUCGGUUGCUGCCCCUGUGUUGUGCACACCGGCUACAAUUAGAGCAUUUACAGUAAUCCAGCCACUCCAAAGUCCAGCGUUAUUACCAGUAGUCAUUAGAAACUUAAAAAAAAAAAAAAAUCACCCGGCAAUAAACCAUGACUAGAACAGAGCAGCAGGACCUCAUUUGCAUGUUUUAUUAGCAGAGGAGGGCAGUGUGCAUCUCUUAUCAGUGAUUAGGACUGCGUAGUGUUCAACAGCAAUUUCACAGCUGAGGGGAGGGCAAAUAAUUGUGUUUUCCAAAUGACUGAGUGCAUACACGGCACACUGCUGAGACACUGUUGGCCCUCCUUUCUUUUUAGCAAGGAAGAGUCACGAGACCACCAAUCCUGACAACUGUUGGAUGUUAAGUGCUUUAACACAGCCGUUUUAUCUUCAACUACAAAUUGCAAUCUCCUUAAGAAUGGCAGAAACAUUGCAAAAUCUAUUAAAUAGCCCACCAUAUCAUUUAAAUCAGUGGUCCCCAACCUUUUUUGACCCACGGACCGGCUUGUGUUCCCCCAAACUCCCGCGGACCGGGUGGGGGUGGGGUGGGAUGGGUUCGUACAUUAUAGCGAUCUAUAUUAUGUUAUUUAUGAUGUAUUGUGUAAAACUAAGACAUGAAUAACAUCAAAUUAAAAGUACAAAAUGAAUGCCGACCCACCAUCCACCAGUUCAAGUUCCAGCCAAGUUUUUCCAGAGAGAUUAUUACAUCCUGUUUGAUGUGUGUGGUAAAAGGCAGUGUGCUAGCAUGAAUUAACUUGAGACAAAUGUGCACAUUAGCACUCAAUAAGUCAUCCAAACUUACCUUUAUGCAUUCCCACAUAGUAUCAGCAUUUGAGACCAAAUAUGAGGUGAAAGAAAAAUGGUAAAAAUACAGUAGUAGUCUAUCUGUGCAGUAUGAGAUAAAGUUAGCACACACACAAUGGACAUGCGUCAAGUGAGACGGAUGUAACAGAGAGAAUCCAGCCACUUUUCAAAAUAAAACAUAAUGGAAAUUAUUUUUUCUUUCUGUGCGGCCCGGGGGUUGGGGAUCACUGAUUGAAAUCGCAUAUGAAAGAAUACACUAUCAUAUUUAGCCAGUUUUUCUGUGGGCUUGUUUUCUGCCGUGGCUCACUCAUCAUUUGGUUCAACGAGGUGUGCACAUCUUCCCCUCAGGCUAGUUGUGUACAAGAUCAAUGGAGAGACAAAGAGAGAAGUACAGCUCCAUUAAGUCCAAUCGUCCAUAUCAUAGUGGGGACGACUUAGUUUAAUGUUUGUUUCAGCACCCUGGACAGCAACACCACAGCCAAUGUGGACUGUGCUAAAGCCGGAUACAGUAACUAUGUAUGUACUUCUUAAAUCAUAUGGUUUUAAAAUACAUUGUAUACCGUAUGUUAUAGGGCAAAUAUGCCCUCUGCUUAACACUGUAGCACUCAAGGAAGCUGGGAUAGGCCCCAGCUCCCCACUGAGCAGUGUAUCCGGAAGGUGUUAAUACGCCUUCACCUUUAUCUGCUUUUCAGAUUUUACUGUAUUUUGAUUAAAUUCAUUUUUUCCGUAAGAUAUUGCAGAAAAUACUCCAUCAUAUCUAUGCAGAUUGUCAUUGUAGAAAUAAGUGUAGAUUUUUUUUUUUCUCAGCAUCCACACAAAGUUUCAUUAGACGGACGUUUUUAAGUAUUUACCUGGCAGUAUUGAUGCCCUUAAAAUUCUACACAAAAUACUCCAUAAUAAUAGCAUGAAAUUGUAAUUUUACAAAUGUUUGCAAAUACAUUAAACAUACAAAAUAUCACAUUUUUUACUUAUACAGGAAAUUGACCACUUGACCAUACAUUUUUAUUGCACAGUGGCAAUAAUAUUAGUGCUUAUCAGUGACCUCACUGCUGUACAUUCUUGACACACAAAAGCAUUAGUGUGUAUGCUUCCCGCCCUUUCACGCUGAAUUUUUUACUCAAAGUCUUCACCAUUUCACCAUUUAUAGCACAUCUUGGUAAGUAGACUUUUUCUUCAAAAUUUUUGCAAUAUUACAGCUGUUUUUUUCAAAGUGUAUUGAAUUCAUUUUUUAACGCUACGCAAAAUACCCCACAAUAACUACACAAUACCAUCAUUUUAAUCAUUUUUCACAUUCAUUAAAAUUAGUAAAAGCUAAAAUGAUCUCACAGUCGAUUCGUUGCCGUAUAUUCCAUAAAUUUUCCAUAUUAUUGUCAUCAGGCUGAAUGCUUGUUUAAUAUGACAGCUGCUUUCAAAAAUGUGUUACCGCAGUCUGUUUUUUAACCUUCAAAAUUGUACACAUAUUACAGUAUCUCAUAAUAACUACAUGAAAAUCAUUUUUGAAUAUAUUCAAAAUAGGAAUAUCACACAUUUAUACUGCUUUUAUUGAUAACUGACCUGAUGCACAAGAGCAACAGCCAAUGUGUGCAUUUUGACACGCAACGACAUUGGUGUGUGUGGCUUUUUCUCAGCAUUCCAUGUAUAUUUUUUUCCAUAAAAGUGAAUGAUUUCCUGUGCGUAAUUACCUCUUCUUGUUGCAUUUUGCAAAUAUAAUUUAAAAAUUCCCCUGACAUCUCUACACAACAUACCCCAUACAAUUUUACAAAUGUUUCCAAAUGUAUUAAAAACUGAAAAUGCAUUUGUUGUACAGAACAUGCAUGUUACUGUAAAAUAACAUUCACACAUUGAUACAAUGAUUGAAAUGCUUACAUAUCUUAAUAUAUGUCUUUUGAUAUGUUCC